CCUGCUUAAGAGACCCCGGAGUGGGGGCGCUCGCCCGAAGCCAGUCCGCGGCCGCCAUAGUUCCUGGCGCGGAGGUGUCGCCGGCGCUGGGUGCGGGCCCGAGAGCGGCCUGGGGGGCAGACUAAAAAAAGAAAAGAGGCAAUCCAGCGAAGCCCUAGCCGCCGCCCGACCGUUUCCGGGCUUCCCGACGCGGUCGUGGGCUCAGAGGCGACAGAAGCGGGAGCAGCGCGAGGAGCGGCAGGAGGAAGAGUCGGGCAGCCUCGGCAGUGUCUCCGGGGCCAGCGAAGCCGCCGGCCGGGGCCCGGGGUGGUGAGGAAGGGCCUCGCGGCCUAGCUGGGCCCCGCAGCGGCUUUGUGUCAGGCGGCGGCGCGGCGGCGGGGGGGAGGCGGAGCCGAACCGGCGGCCGCUGGAAGGCCUCUCCUCCGCCGAUCGCGCGAUCUCGGCCUAGGCCGCGGGCCGCUCGUGGCCUCCGGGGAGCAGGCGCCAGGGUGUGUGUGCGGUGGGGGCCUGGGCCUGGGGACGCCGACGCCGGUCGUCCGGAAGCCGGGAGGAGGCGAGAGGCCGCUCGUGGACUCCGGGCCUAGGCCCUCUCCUCGCAACCUUCUCCCGGGGCCUGGGUCACCCCCAUCCACGGAGAGAGACCAGCCGGGAGGUGCGGCCGCUAUGGACCCCUGACCCCGCGGGGUCAUUCGGACUCUAACGUGUGGACUGACCGCUACUGACUGCACCGCCUGCCCUGUCUCUUGCCGGCCCUUAGCAUGAGCGAGGGGGACCCAGCCGGGUGACAUUGUGCCGGUUGGCGGAUCCUCGAUUGCCCCUUUUCCCGUCCUGCUCCUCCCACAUGAAGCGAUUCUGAGUACGGGGGGUUCCGGAUUAUUGUUCUCACGAACCCCCGCUUGUGGUUGGGGGGUAUUUAAUUUGAGGCCUUAGGGUCCUUCGUUGUCUUUUGAGUGUUUUGUGUGUGUAUAUAUUUUGCUCUUAAGUUUAUAAAUAUACAUAUAUUGAGAGUGUCCACGUCUCCUCGCUGAACCUUAGGAAUCCUUUGCCACAAUGUCCUGUGUGCACUAUAAAUUUUCCUCUAAACUCAACUACGACACCGUCACCUUUGAUGGGCUUCAUAUCUCCCUCUGCGACUUAAAGAAGCAGAUUAUGGGGAGAGAAAAGCUGAAAGCUGCCGAUAGCGAUCUUCAGAUCACCAACGCGCAGACGAAGGAAGAAUACACUGAUGAUAAUGCGCUAAUUCCUAAAAACUCAUCUGUAAUUGUCAGAAGGAUUCCUAUUGGAGGUGUUAAGUCCACAAGCAAGACAUAUGUUAUAAGUCGAACUGAACCAGUGAUGGGAACUACAAAAGCAAUUGAUGACUCUUCUGCAUCUAUUUCUCUGGCCCAGCUUACAAAGACUGCCAAUCUGGCUGAAGCCAAUGCUUCUGAGGAAGAUAAAAUUAAAGCAAUGAUGUCGCAGUCUGGCCAUGAAUACGACCCAAUCAAUUACAUGAAGAAACCUCUAGGCCCACCACCUCCAUCUUAUACCUGUUUCCGUUGUGGUAAACCUGGUCAUUAUAUUAAGAAUUGCCCAACAAACGGGGAUAAGAACUUUGAGUCUGGCCCUAGAAUCAAAAAGAGUACUGGAAUUCCUCGAAGUUUUAUGAUGGAAGUGAAAGACCCUAACAUGAAAGGUGCAAUGCUUACGAACACCGGGAAAUACGCAAUCCCAACUAUAGAUGCAGAGGCCUAUGCAAUUGGGAAGAAAGAAAAGCCACCCUUCUUACCAGAGGAACCAUCAUCAUCUUCAGAAGAAGACGAUCCCAUCCCAGAUGAGCUCUUGUGCCUCAUCUGCAAGGACAUUAUGACUGAUGCUGUUGUCAUUCCCUGCUGUGGAAACAGUUACUGUGAUGAAUGUAUUAGAACAGCACUCCUGGAAUCAGAUGAACAUACGUGUCCAACAUGUCAUCAGAACGAUGUUUCUCCUGAUGCUUUAAUUGCCAACAAGUUUUUACGACAGGCUGUUAAUAACUUCAAAAAUGAAACUGGCUAUACAAAAAGACUACGAAAACAGUUACCUCCACCCCCUCCCCCAAUACCACCACCAAGACCACUCAUUCAGCGGAACCUGCAGCCUCUGAUGAGAUCUCCAAUAUCAAGACAGCAGGAUCCUCUGAUGAUUCCAGUGACGUCUUCCUCAGCUCACCCAACUCCCUCUAUAUCCUCAUUAAGUUCAAAUCCAUCUUCCUUGACUCCUUCUGUGCCUGGAAAUCCAUCUUCUGCCCCAGCUCCAGUACCUGAUAUAACUGCAACAGUGUCUAUAUCAGUUCAUUCAGAAAAGUCAGAUGGUCCUUUUCGGGAUUCUGAUAAUAAAUUAUUACCAGCUGCUGCCCUCGCAUCAGAACAUUCUAAGGGAGCCUCCUCAAUUGCAAUUACUGCUCUUAUGGAGGAAAAGGGUUACCAAGUGCCUGUCCUUGGAACUCCAUCUUUGUUGGGACAGUCAUUAUUACAUGGACAGUUGAUCCCCACAACUGGUCCAGUAAGAAUAAAUGCUGCACGCCCAGGAGGUGGUCGACCAGGUUGGGAACAUUCCAACAAGCUUGGGUACCUGGUUUCUCCACCACAGCAAAUUAGAAGAGGGGAAAGAAGUUGUUACAGAAGUAUAAACCGCGGGCGACACCACAGCGAACGAUCACAGAGGACUCAAGGCCCAUCACUACCAGCAACACCAGUCUUUGUGCCUGUUCCACCACCUCCUUUGUAUCCGCCACCUCCCCAUACACUUCCUCUUCCUCCAGGUGUUCCUCCCCCACAGUUCUCUCCUCAGUUUCCUCCUGGCCAGCCUCCACCUGCAGGAUAUAGUGUCCCUCCUCCAGGGUUUCCACCAGCUCCUGCCAAUAUGUCAACACCUUGGGUGUCAUCAGGAGUUCAGACUGCUCAUUCAAAUACCAUCCCUACAACACAAGCACCACCUUUGUCCAGGGAAGAAUUCUAUAGAGAGCAACGACGAUUAAAGGAAGAGGAAAAGAAAAAGUCCAAGCUAGAUGAGUUUACAAAUGAUUUUGCUAAGGAAUUGAUGGAAUACAAAAAGAUUCAAAAGGAGCGUAGGCGCUCAUUUUCCAGGUCUAAAUCUCCCUAUAGUGGUUCAUCGUAUUCAAGAAGUUCAUACACUUACUCAAAGUCAAGAUCUGGCUCCACGCGGUCCCGCUCUUACUCUCGAUCCUUCAGCCGCUCGCACUCCCGUUCCUAUUCACGAUCACCUCCAUACCCCAGGAGAGGCAGAGGCAAGAGCCGUAAUUACCGUUCACGGUCCAGAUCUCAUGGAUAUCACCGAUCUAGGUCAAGGUCACCUCCAUAUAGACGUUAUCAUUCACGGUCAAGAUCUCCUCAAGCAUUUAGGGGACAGUCUCCCACUAAACGUAAUGUACCUCAAGGAGAAACCGAGCGUGAGUAUUUUAAUAGAUACAGAGAAGUUCCACCCCCUUACGACAUCAAAGCCUAUUAUGGACGGAGUGUCGACUUUAGAGACCCAUUUGAGAAAGAACGCUACCGGGAAUGGGAGAGGAAAUACCGAGAGUGGUACGAAAAGUACUACAAAGGGUAUGCUGUGGGGGCACAGCCUAGACCCUCAGCUAACCGCGAGGACUUCUCCCCAGAGAGACUUUUACCUCUUAAUAUCAGAAAUUCUCCCUUUACAAGAGGGCGCAGAGAAGACUAUGCUGCUGGACAAAGUCAUAGAAAUAGAAAUCUAGCUGGCAACUAUCCAGAAAAGCUUUCAACAAGAGAUAGUCACAAUCAGAAAGAUAACACAAAAUCAAAAGAGAAGGAUAGUGAGAACAUUCCAGGAGACAAUAAAGGAAACAAGCAUAAGAAACACAGAAAACGAAGAAAGGGGGAGGAGAGUGAGAGCUUCCUGAACCCCGAACUGUUAGAAACAUCCAGGAAAUCCAGGGAGUCAUCAGGCGUUGAUGACACUAAGACAGAUGCACUGUUUGUUCUCCCAAGUCGAGAUGAUGCUACACCUGUUAGGGAUGAACCAAUGGAGGCAGAAUCAAUCACCUUCAAAUCAGUGUCUGAAAAAGACAAGAGAGAAAAAGAUAAGCCAAAAGUUAAAAGUGACAAGACCAAACGGAAAAGUGACGGAUCUGCCACAGCCAAGAAGGAAAAUGUUUCAAAACCUUCUAAAGGACCCCAAGAAAAAAUAGAUGGGGAGCGUGAAAAAUCUCCACGGUCUGAACCUCCACUUAAAAAAGCCAAAGAGGAGGCCGCAAAGACUGACUCUGUAAAACCUUCAUCAUUGUCUCAGAAGGAUGACAAGGUCACCGGAACUCCCAGAAAAGCCCACUCUAAGUCUGCAAAAGAACAUCAGGAGACAAAGCCAGUCAAGGAGGAGAAGGUGAAAAGGGACAGUUCCAAAGACAUCAAGUCAGAAAAGCCAGCCAGUAAGGAUGAAAAAGCCAAGAAGCCUGAGAAAAAUAAGCUGCUUGAUAGCAAGGGAGAAAAAAGAAAGAGAAAAACUGAAGAAAAGAAUGUAGACAAAGAUUUUGAGUCAUCGUCAAUGAAAAUCUCUAAAGUGGAAGGAGCUGAAAUACUGAAACCAUCACCAAAGCGCAAAAUGGAAGGUGAUGUUGAAAAGCUAGAAAGGACCCCAGAAAAGGACAAGAUCACAUCAUCGACUGCCCCAGCCAAAAAAAUCAAACUUAACAGAGAAACUGGGAAAAAAAUUGGAAGUGCAGAAAAUACAUCUGCUACAAAAGAACCCUCUGAAAAAAUGGAGUCAACAUCUAGCAAGAUUAAACAGGAAAAAGUCAAGGGAAAGGCCAAGCGAAAAGUAGCUGGGACUGAAGGCUCCAGCUCCACGCUUGUGGAUUAUACCAGUACAAGCUCAACUGGAGGCAGCCCUGUGCGGAAAUCUGAAGAAAAGACAGAUACAAAGAGAACAGUCAUUAAAACUAUGGAGGAAUAUAAUAAUGAUAAUACAGCUCCUGCUGAAGAUGUUAUAAUUAUGAUCCAGGUUCCUCAGUCCAAAUGGGAUAAAGAUGACUUUGAAUCUGAAGAAGAAGAUGUUAAAUCGACACAACCUAUACAGAGUGUAGGGAAACCAUCUAGUAUUAUAAAAAAUGUUACUACUAGGCCCUCAGCUGCAACCAAGUACACCGAGAAAGAAAGUGAGCAGUCAGAGAAAAUUCAGAAGCUCACCAAGGAGGUGAGCCAUGAAAUGGCACAACACGAGGUCAAAAGCUCAAAAGGCUCUGCGUCCAGUGAAAAGGGGAGAACCAAAGACCGGGACCACUCGGUACUAGAGAAGGAAAUCCCCGACAAGAGGAAGAGCAGCGCCCAGCCAGAGAAGGAGAGCACUGUGGACCGUCUGAGUGAACAGGGAAAUUGUAAGAAUCUGUCUCAGUCUUCCAAAGAGUCCAGGACUUCAGAUAAGCAUGAAUCCAUUCGUGGUUCCUCAAAUAAAGACUUCACUCCUGGUAGAGAUAAGAAAGUGGACUAUGACAGCAGAGAAUAUUCCAGUUCCAAGCGAAGAGAUGAGAGAAAUGAGCUAGCAAGAAGGAAGGACUCUCCUCCUCGGAGUAAAGAUUCUUCAUCUGGACAGAAAAGUAAGCCAAGGGAGGAGAAAGAUUUGCCUAAAAAGGGGACAGAGUCCAAAAAAAGCAGUUCUAGUCCCCCAAGAGACAAAAAGCCUCAUGAUCAUAAAACCCCCUACGAUACCAAACGCUCAUGUGAAGAGACAAAGUCUGUAGAUAAAACCUCUGGCAAGGAACGGGAGAAGCAUGCUGCUGAGGCUCGAAACGGGAAAGAGUCCAGCUGCAGCAAGUUGCCGUAUACACCGAACCCACCAGAUCCCACUCCAGCUGAGAAAGAGCUGGUGGCUGGACAGGUGGAUAAGAACACCAUCAAGCCAAAACCCCAGUUGAGUCAUUCCUCUCGACUUUCCUCUGAUCUAACUAGAGAGACCGAUGAGGCUGCCUUUGAACCAGACUAUAAUGAGAGUGACAGCGAGAGUAAUGUGUCUGCGAAGGAAGAGGAGGCUGUCUCCACUGUCUCCAAGGACUUGAAAGAGAAAGCAGCAGAGAAAGCGAAGGAGAGCUUGACUGUAGCAGUGGCCGGCCAGCCAGGUGCAGACAGGAGCCAGAGUCAGAGUAGCCCCAGUGUUAGUCCAAGUAGAAGUCACAGCCCUUCCGGUAGCCAGACCCGAAGCCAUAGCAGCAGUGCCAGCUCAGCAGGAAGCCAAGACAGCAAGAAGAAAAAGAAGAAAAAAGAGAAGAAGAAGCACAAGAAGCAUAAAAAGCACAAGAAGCAUAAGAAGCAUGCAGGUGCGGAUGGUGACGCCGAGAAGAGCCAGAAACACAAACACAAGAAGAAGAAGGCAAAGAAGAGCAAGGACAAGGAGAAAGAUGACCAAAAAGCGAAAUCUGUCACUGUGUGAAAGACGGAUGUUUUAAUUGACUUAAUUACUAAGUCAUCUGUAUUAAACUCUGUUAUAAUGUAAAGAAAUUCCAACCUUGUAAAUAAUGAAUGGAAGACCCUGUGCUGCACUUAAAGUAUUUGCUGCUUGAUUAUUUCAUUUUUACAUCAGAGCUUUAUAACGAACUUUUGUACAGAAUUGUGAGUUGUGACCAUGGAACAUGAGAGGUUUUGCUAGGGCCUAUUAUUUUUAACCACCAUUAAUUAGUUGGGGUGGAGUUUACUGUACUGUGAAAUUUUCACAUUUGAAUUUUUUUAAUUGCCUGGCAAAUGCUGGUAUCAGUUCAGAAAUAUCAGCAGAAUGAUUUGCUGAACUCAUUACAGCCCCGUUAUGUCACUUUUUGAUUACAAUAAAAGUUUUCAGUAAACUUUUCA